CAUCAACUUUGACCCAACUCUCCCGUAGCACCCCCGACCACAGAUAAUUGGGUUAAGUUGAAGCCAUGGCUGCUGCUGCUGAUGAUGAGCUUGGCCAGCUCUUUCGUUAAAUAGCCAGGCAUGGCCAUGCCUCCUCCUCGCGGCCUCAUACCAUUCUACGCCAAUCUACUCGAAGCCUGCUCUUUGUCUAAGAAUCUCCAAACCGUCAAACAGCUCCACGCUAAAACCAUAAGACUCUGCAUUUCCCGCCACGACUUCAUUCGAACCAAGCUCGUUUUCUCCUAUGCCUCAUGUGCCCAACUGAACCAGGCCAACCUCCUUUUCUCCUUCUGCAAUCGCCAAUCGACCUUCCUCUUCAACACCCUCAUUCGAGCCCAUUCGUCCCAAGGUUUGUUCUCUCAAUCUCUGUGCAUUUUUAUCCGCAUGCUUGCUGCCACUAAAGCCUUUGACCGCCAUACCUUGCCUGUGGUUCUCAAAUCUUGUGCUGGGUUAUUGGCAUUGAGGCUUGGGAAGCAAGUACAUGGAGCCAUUUUGGUGAAUGGGUUUGCCUUAGAUUUGGCGAACUUGAAUGCGUUGAUCAGCAUGUAUGCCAAGUGUGGUGAAUUGGUUGGUGCGCGUAAAGUGUUUGACGGAAUGCUCAUAAGAAAUGAGAUUUCUUGGUCAGCAAUUUUGGCUGGGUAUGGAAUGCAUGGAGUGUUUGGUGAGGUAUUUGAAUUGUUUGAUAGGAUGGUGGAAGCAGGAGAAAGGCCGGAUGCAGUGACAUUCACUACAAUUUUGACAGCGUGUAGUCAUGGCGGGUUCACAGAGAAGGGGAGGGAGUAUUUUGGAAUGAUGGAGCAGAGGUUUGGGGUGAAGCCCAGGUUGGAGCAUUAUACAUGUAUGGUGGAUAUGUUAGGCAGGGUGGGACGGGUGGAGGAGGCAGAAGAGUUGGUUUUGGGGAUGACAGUGGAACCAGAUGCGGCAUUAUGGGGCGCGUUGUUGGGCGCUUGUAGGAUUCAUGGGAAGGUAGAGGUAGCUGAGAGAGUGGAACAGAUGCUCUAUGGAAGGCUACUUGGUGUAGUAUCUCUGAGGCAUUUACAGUGAAGUGCUUGCAAAAGGCCGGCAGUGAGUUCAGCUGCCCAUGAUGCUAAGUUCGCUUUCUCAAAUCUGUCAGAACUGAAAUUUGCCGGUAAAAAAGCCUGCGUAUUCUUCAGGGGGAAAGUUAGUUUCUAGUUACUUGGAGUUCUUAGCCUAGGAAUAUGCAGGGAACAUAUGGAACAGAUUGAUGGAUAUGCUCUCUCUACCAUUGUUAGGGCCUAUUACCUUACGCAAAAGCAUAGGUUGAUGACAAUGGACAGAAAUGAUGGACUGUAAACCGCACAAGGACAUAAGAAUUUUUCCGUUCUACCGUUCUCAGACCGAAAGAGAAAAGCCAUCAAACGUCUGACGUUCCCUGUGAUUUGCUAAUUGUUCACCAAGAAGAUUUGGGGAUAACAUGCUACGAUAGCUCAUCAAGAAGAGUAAGAAAAUUAGAAGUUGACGACUUGGUAUACAGCAGCAAUUUUAAAAAGCGAUUGUUAUAGGUAAAGAAAACGUCUUUACACAACUUAAAUUGAUCUACAAAGACAGAUCUCCACUUUUUGUUUCUUUGUUAGACUUUAUUUUUUGUACGGUGCAAUUUUUUGUUCUGGUUUAAAUUUG